GUCCUCCAUAACCACCGCAAACAAGUUUGCAGUGUGGUUUUCGGAGAUGAGAGUACGGAUGGGAGAUGUGGGGCCCUCACGCGUUGCAAAGGCGUGUCGCCCGACAACCACUACCUCUCCCUGUCUCUCUCUCUCCCUCCCUAUAUAUAUAAACCCACAAUUUGUCUCUCACCGUCUCACAAUUCAAAAGCAAAUUUUCUCUGUUCUUCUUCCCCUCUACCUCACCGAGUCCUCUCUCUCUCUCUCAACCUAUGGACGCCGCCUCCAUGUCUCUCGAUUCCCCCCGCACUCCCCCACGCUCACGCUCGUCCCUGAUGGAGGAUGAUGCUGAGGUGGACGCUCAGAUUUUAUGUCUGAGCCAGGGCUUGGGCCACAUCGUCCAAACCGUUGAGCAUCUCCGUCGGAGCACUGAAGCUCGCCGCCGUCGCCUCUCGGUCUCUCCAACUGCGCCACCACCACUCGCAUCUCCCUUGGUUCUUGAGCUAAUUGCACAGCAAGCGACGGAUCUGGACAAGCAUAUCCUUCACCUGAAGGCUUCGCUGGACAUCGGCAUUCUCCAAGGAGGCGUGACACCACUCACACUUGCCCCCCUUCCUGCGGUGAGGCUGUGGACCAGUUUCUUCGCUGUUCAGUGCGACAUGAAUUUGCUGGGCGAGCUGCUAAGCCGUCUCAACGCUGGGACUGUUUUCGUUGCGGAGGACGGGACUCCAGUGGUUUACCAGACUGUUGGAAAUAUCGAAGAUGUCCAGUUGCUGAAGAGGCUGAGUGACGGUGGCUUCUGCACUCCACAUGCCAGCUGCCGAGAUUUUCUUACCAACGCAGAGUUUGCUGCCAUCCAUGAGUUUGCUGCCAUCCAUGACUUACUCAUGGAUAGGUGCCAGCACUAAAUACCAGGAUCUUUGAUCGGGGAAGCUAGUGUAUCAAGGCCUCUCUGAUGCUGGUCUCUACACCGUCUUCAACUCUUCAUCCACUUACCAACUGCUUUUGUUGCUUCUGCUUCCCAAUUUUUGUGGCAUUAGCGUCUCGGUCACCCUUCUGCAAAGAUGCUUCAUCAACUCACCUCACAAAAUCAUGUUCGGCUUUUAGGUUCUAGCUCUAGUAGUUUUUGUUCAGAUUGUCAACUAGGUAGGAGAUAUGAGCUGUCUUAUGAAUAGAUGACAGUAGGACUUCAUGCCUAUAACUGUGAAUGAAUAGUGGAUGUGCUUCAGCCUUACAUACUGAAUCAUGGUGACUCUAAGCUAGCUUUUCGGCUACUUGUUCAUGAAUCUAUAUGUCAAACAGUAAUUUUUCUGUUCUGGUUACAAGUUUGCAUUGCAUAUCUGCUCUUAACUUGAGAUGCUUUUGAGAAAUAUUUCUAAUCACUGUUCUUCC